AUGUCUCGAUCUAACAAUGGGUUUGUCAUACUCAAUAUACAUAUCAAAACAGCUUUGUUAUUGCAAUUUGUUCUAAUUACUGCUAUGACCGCUGUUCAAAGUUUUCCAGUGUGUUCGGUUCCAGUGUCUACUAUUAGAUUAGCACAUAAUUCAAAGUAUGAGUAUGGUGUUCUUGGGUGGUGUGUGAAACAGCCUCAAAGGCAGUGCACUGGGACGCAAAUAGGAUAUAACGAAACAACCACAGAAUCAUCCAUUCAAAAAUUAUUAUUACCUUCAGAUUCUAAAUAUUCAGUAUCCAAGCUGUUAUUAUUCCACAUUAUAUCCUUUGGAUUGAGUAUAAUUCUAUGGUCUAUGAUAGUGAUAGCUAUGAUAUCACCAUUGCAAGAGUCGCCUCUUUUUUUGUUGUUAUUUACUUUAGUAAUGAUAGCGAUGUUUCUUUUUGCUCUGUUGAGCUGGCUAGUAGACAUAUUGUUGUUUCGAAUAUGGUUGGAUUGGCCAGGAUGGUUAAUGUUGGUGGUAGCAAUCACUUCUGCGUUUUGCGGUUCUGCCAUAUGGUCGUAUCGUAGAAGUGUGGAAAUAAGAAACUAUACAGUACUAAAUGAGGAGGAUAGUGUGGUAAGUAUAAAUCAGAUCGAAGUUAACAAUAAAAGGAGAGAUAUAGAAUCAAGAACCUACCAAGAGAGCAUUGAGAUGAUGCAUAUAGUGGAAUCUGAUCCAAUGAUGCUGUUUACCAGUGAUAUUUCUAACAACGAUCCAAGGAUUCGAACGCUAGCACUAGAAGAUGAAUUAAGAGAGCCAGACAUAACGUAUCAUCGGAUUGUGGAGGGGUAA